GACCUCCUCUCCCCUUAAAGAUGAAACUCACCCCACCUGGUUACUAUGGUUACCACUUUGUAAACAGGCAGGUAGGCAUGGCGGCAACACGGGAGGCAGCCCCUCGUGUGGCGUUUGGGAGCUGCCGGCAGCGUGCGUUGUUCCCAACCGACUGUCCCCCAAAUCGCUUGGGCAAUGAGAUGCGAGCAAUGAAAGGCUCCCCGGAGCUCGGCCCCGGCUGCUAUGACAACCAUGUGAUUGGCACUGUGUUGUAUGACAUCCAGAAAAGACCAGAGAGCAAGAAGGGCUAUGUUUUAGCAGCAAGAACAACCGCACGUUUCCGCCCACCCGCCCAGACGGUGACCCCCUCACCACAGAAGUACCAGCCAAACUGGGCCCUGUCUAAAACAGAACCUCCAGGGAAAACCCCUUUCAACUCCACCACAUCCAGACUCACAGUCAAGAAUAUCGGUGCCAACUUAAGCCCAGGCCCAGGGACCUACGCUCAUGACACGGCUGCCGGCAGGAAGGUGUGCUGGCCCAUGAAGUUUGGCUCUCCAGACUGGAGUAGCCUGCCGCAGCUGAAGAGGAAGGCGCUGAGGACGCAGCUUCAAUGUGACAAGGAGUUCGUGAAGCAGAGGAGCAGAGUGGUAUACCUCCAGUUAUACUACUCCUGAGUCAGCAGAGACGUCAGCAGGAGAAAUGAAUGCCCUGCCUGGAUUUAUAUUUCUGCCUGCAUUGUAAACCUGUUCCUGCACAUCCUCCCCUUACUUUUUUUGCCAGUAUUUUCAGGAAUGUUACAGUUUGGACAGCCUGUUACUGGUUACUGAAGAAAAAAAAAGAAAGAGUAAGUGUUAUUCAGAACCACAUUUUUUACAUCUUGCCUUACCUGCCUCCUUUGAUGAAGUAACCAGGGCCUAGUAUUACAGCCUUAACUAAGGAAUAUUGCCCUUGACAGCAACACCUCAAGCCGAUUUUGUAUGGUGAUAUUCUGUGUCAACUUAUCACAAUGCUGCUCUUGUCAUGUGAAUUAGUGAAAUAAAGCUUCAUAAAGCA